AUGGACGCGCGCGCGAUCGCGAGCCUGGCGUGCGUGGAGUUGGCGGCGUACAAGGCGGCGCUCGCGUGCGAGCGAGGGGCGAUGGUGACGCGCGCGGUGCACAGCGAGCUGGUGUUUUGUCUGUCGCCGACGCGGCACAUCAGCGAGGCGUUUCGACGCUUCGGCGGCGACGAGAACACGAGGGCGUUGAUCGUGUGUAAGUUCGACGCGAACGACGAAGAUUUAGAGCGCGUGCGAAGCGUGGUGAAGGGAGAGCUCGUGGCGUUCGACGCGCGGCCGGCGGUGGACGAGGCGGCGUUGAAGAAGUGGUACAAGGUGCACGAGAAUGAGCUCGAGAUCGGUAGUUUAGCGGACGCCGUGCUGAGCCGUAUAGCGAUCAGGGACGUGGCGUAG